GUACUGCUGUACUGCUGCUGUGUGGUGUGGGGGCCGAUCGUCAAGCGUCAAAAUAAGUACUGCCGAGGGUUUGUGCUGACGUCAUGGGCGGCGAGGUGUCGGCGACGGAGCUGGAGAGCAAAGAUGCGGAGGCGCAAGGUGGCUGUUUGUCUGUCUUUAUCACUGGUCCCAACUUGGCUGCAUCAUUGUAGGUUGGUUGAUGAUGCCGUGUUGUUUGAUUCGUACACGCGUGGCAAAAUAAAAACUGACAGCUGCCAGCUGCCAGUGUAGCCUACUACUGGCAACCCAUCAAUCGCUGCUGCUGCUCUAGGUUCGACGUCCAUCGGAACUGUGUACCAGCUCUUAUACUCUAGGAGAUGCAACGAACAAGUGUGUUGGCACGUAGUACCAUCGGCGAAAUGUCUCUGCCGUUGUGUAUGUAGUAGGCAAGUUGUGUGCGUGCACUAAAAAUCUAUGAAGGACUUUGACUGGCUUUUUUCUACAAAAUGCUUCGUCGUUGACGCUCAGGGACCAGGUACGUACAUAACCCACGCAAAGAGCAAGCGGAGAGCUAAAUUAAAUUGUUGCUGUGCUUGGUUGGAACAGCAGUCGUGAGCGUUCACACAGGCAGAAGUGUAUCGAGUACAUGCAUCAGCAGUCAGCGUAAUUAAAUGCACGUGCGCACGGUAGAUUCAGAAUUUCAAAUAAUCAUCAAGUCACGAAGCAUCUCCAUGUCCUAUUCGAAUCAAUUCCCGCGAUCCACAUAUCUUCACCUAUCUUCACCAUCGUCGUAUCUAUGUGUGCAUAAGUAGGGCUGUGCCAUGAAAUGACCCAGCGGCUGAAACUCCUGCACGAAGAGAAGACUGCCCUCUCCUCCGAACUGAGAACGCUGUCUGCGAAGGGGUCUUCAUCGUCAACAGUCAGAUUGGUCGCUGCGGACAAUGCGAUGGCGGCGAUGGUGACUUCCGGAAUCAUCGGGGUGUUCGCAGGAGGGGCCCUGGCAAGGUUCCUAGCUGCGAGGAGAGGGAGGAGCCGUUUGAGCCGUCGACAGCAAGACAAAGAUAAAGAUCGACACUUCACCUAAUUAACAACCGCCUGACGACGUCAUGGACACGCCGAUCGAAGUUCUUCCUCGUCAGCGUUUGUUGCCUAGACUACUUGUAUCAUAGAGAACGAUGUAAAUUCUUGUCAGGCACGUUCAUAUGGGCGAAGCGGGGUUUCCUCAUCGGCUUUUGUUUGUUGCCUACCUGUAAAUAGAGAUGUAAACGACCGUCGAGAAGUAGACUAUAGGUACACAGGUAGCAGACACGUUGACAUGAACGAAGCGGGGCUUGUGCAAUCUACUGUACACCACGGGCCGGGCGAGUGUUUUCCCGAAUGAACCAAGACGUUAGCAGCACCUGUCACGUGCAUUCUGCAUAGAUCUCCCGAAAUAGAAGUAGGUGAUGUCUGGGCGGUCGUAAGCAUAGUCUAUAAUAAGUGUGAUGCGCACACGAGGAUGCCCGCUCGUAUGUAUGUAGACUACAGCUGUUAGCACGGGGCUUGGACCACGGAGCGGAGGACCUUCGGCACAAUCAUUGCGCGGGGUUC